UUCAAGUCCGCGCUGCCGAGCGGUCGAUACCGCUGCCGUGUAGUUGUGUGUGUAGAGUGCGCGCGUGUGUGUGAGUCCGCCAGCCAGGAUCCACCGAUACCGAUACCGAUACAGAUACCAGAUACCGUUGUUUUGUGCAGUGAAAGCAGUUGCAGUGUGUGCAAUGGAGGUCCUUGCCUAGAUCACAACUCAUCUCGCUCCCCUCGCUCGAAAGUCGAAGAAAUCACCCCUCGCGUGGACGAGGUUCGCUCGUAACGAGACCGAAAACGAAAACGACGAAAAACGCGAUGCGAAUUAAAGCUUUGCGUGGCAAAGUGCGCUAACCGAAGCAACCAAACAAACCAGCCAUCCAAAAAAUCAUAUAUAUUUAUGUGGAGAGCAGCACGUGAAGAAAGAAAAUCCCGAAAAGCCGAGGGAAAAUUGCGUAGAAAAUAUUAGCAGAAAAAGGCCAGGAAACACGAGUUUCGUUGGCCAAAAAAUAAAAACGAUUAUCAUCCCAACGGUGUGAGUGAGUGCGAGUGAGUGUGUGUGCGGGCAGCCCUAUAAAUAACAUUGGGUCUGGCCGAGCGCUAAUUACGGCAAAACAUGAAAAUCUUGGCGAAGACCGCAGCAACAACCAGUGAAGCCAAGGCGGCAAUUAAUCAAUUUUCCGCUUGACCCACAAGGAAGUUUCCAUAUCAUAAUUAAAAGAAAACCCAGAAAAACGAGGCAUACAAUCGCGCGAAAGUGAGAGUAAAGGUCAACCCAACGAAGCAUAUCCUUGAGUUACGUUAAAUGUUAUAAAAUCCAAGAAGUAAAGCAGUUGUAUAUAUGGCUUUAACGGAUUGAUAGAUGACUUUUAAAACCUCCAUAUCAAUAUAAAACACAUCAAGUUAAUAAAUCACAAGCUCGUUUGUAGGCUGAAAAUAUCACAAAGCAAUUAAAAAGUUCCAAGUGAAGACUAUAAAACCUAUCGCAUAACCGAAACCCCAUGAUAUUGAUAAUAACAGACAAACACAGGGCCUUGGCCUAGAACGCUCAACCAGAAGACUCGAAGAAACAGCCAGGAAAAUGCACAUCAGGGAAGCAGCUUUCCUGGUCCUGAGCCUGCUGCCCGGGAUCAUCCUGGGCAGCCGCUACAAUCAGCUGCACCUCUACGCGAACGGGGGCGCAAGCAGCUCCCCCUCCUCCAGCCCCGGGGGCUACAGGCCCGCCCCCUCGGCCCAGAACGAGGUCUACUCCAUAGCGGACAGCCAGCCGAUGACGGAGGACGGCUACCUGCCCCCCAGCCAGCACUUCCCCCCCGCCCACUCCGACCUGGACCCGCCCGCCCAGCAGCAGAGCACCUGCCAAACGGUCUGCGCCUGCAAGUGGAAGGGCGGCAAGCAGACGGUGGAGUGCAUCGACCGCCACUUGAUCCAGAUCCCCGAGCACAUCGACCCCAACACCCAGGUGCUAGACAUGUCCGGCAACAAGCUGCAGACCCUGUCCAACGAGCAGUUCAUCCGGGCCAACCUGCUGAACCUGCAGAAGCUGUAUCUGCGCAACUGCAAGAUCGGGGAGAUCGAGCGGGAGACCUUCAAGGGGCUGACCAACCUGGUGGAGCUCGACCUGUCGCACAACCUCCUGGUCACCGUGCCCAGCCUGGCCCUGGGCUACAUCUCCUCGCUGAGGGAGCUCACGCUGGCCUCCAACCACAUCCACAAGAUCGAGGGCCAGGCCUUCGGGAACACGCCCUCGCUGCACAAGCUGGACCUCUCGCACUGCGACAUCCAGACCAUUUCCGCCCAGGCCUUCGCCGGCCUCCAAGGACUGACCCUGCUGCGCCUGAAUGGGAACAAGCUCAGCGAGCUGCAGCCCAAGACCAUCGAGACCCUGAGUCGCCUCCACGGCAUCGAGCUGCACGACAACCCCUGGCUCUGCGACUGCCGGCUGAGGGACACGAAGCUCUGGCUGCUGCAGAGGAACAUCCCCUAUCCGGUGGCCCCCGUCUGCUCCGGCGGCCCCGAGAGGAUCAUCGACCGCAGCUUCGCGGACCUGCAUGUGGACGAGUUCGCCUGCCGCCCCGAGAUGCUGCCCAUCUCCCAUUACGUGGAGGCCGCCAUGGGGGAGAACGCCUCCAUCACCUGCCGGGCGAGGGCGGUUCCGGCGGCCAACAUCAACUGGUACUGGAACGGACGACUGCUGGCCAACAACUCGGCCUUCACCGCCUACCAAAGGAUACACAUGUUCGAGCAGGUGGAAGGUGGCUUCGAGAAGCGGUCGCGCCUGGUGCUGACCAACGCCCAGGAGACGGACUCCAGCGAGUUCUACUGCGUGGCCGAGAACCGGGCGGGCAUGGCCGAGGCCAACUUCACCCUGCACGUGAGCAUGCGGGCCGCGGGCAUGGCCUCCCUGGGAAGUGGCCAGAUCGUGGGCCUCAGUGCCGCCCUGGUGGCGCUCAUCGUCUUCGCCCUGGGGGUCAUCAUGUGCCUGCUGCUGCGGGUUAAGCGGCAGCCGUAUGUGGACAGCAAGACGCCCAACCACAUGGAGGUGAUCACCUCGGUGAACCACCAGAACUCCAUCACGAACAAGACCCAGCCGGCCACGGGAAACGGCAGCAUCGGGGGUGUGGUCAUCGCCAACGGGGCCGUGGCCAACAUAAUCGACGGCGGAGUGGUGCAGGGCGGCACUCUGGAGCGGAAGAGCAGCGGCCGGGGCGGGUCCCACGGAGGGCACGAUCAGCGGAGUGCGAAUCCCGUCCAGAAGCCGCCGAGACUCACCGAUCUUCCGUACUCCACCCAGGGCUACGACAACAACGGCAGUGUCUUGUCCACCGCCUCCUGCUUCAUCUCGCCCACGGGCUCCACUGGGAACGGAAACAACCCGGACCUCAUCAACGACACCAAGCGCUUCGGGAGUGAUGAGUUCGCCGACCUGAAGAUACCGCCCAUCAGUGGUGUGGGCGUGGGCGGCAGUGGGGAGUACAGUCGCGCCAACGGCUGCGACUCCCUGUACCCUUCGGGCCUGUGGGAGCACGGUGCCCCGGUGGGCGCCACGUCCGCCGAUGACCUCUUCAUGAAGCGCUACACGGACAAGACGCCCAUCAUAGACUCCAGCCAGCUGUACGACCUGCACGAGCGGACGGCGGCCACGGACUACUUCAGCAAGACCUUCCCCAGAUCCCACCUGCAGCAGGGGACGAUGGGCGGCGGAGGCACCUCGACGGCCUCGACGGUGACCACCAACCUGUCGGGUGGCUCCUCCUCGGGCUACCCCAACGACUACGGCCUGCCCCUGGUGCCGGGGGCGGAGCACCAGCACAACCACCAGCUGCAGAUGCACCCGCUGCAGCAGCUCCAGCAGCAGCUGACCUCCACGCUGAACCACCAGAGGCAGGAGGGCGGCUCCGCCGGAAGCAGUCCGCACUUCAGUAGCCGCACCCUGCCACGCCUCCACGAGGGCAGUGGCGGCGGGGGCAGCGCCCGGUCGUCGCCCACGCCGGCCGUGAACCAGGCGAACCAGGCGAAUCCCAGCACCUCCAGCUCCAGUUCCUGCUCCAUCCUGCCCAACGGACAGCCCAUCAACGCCAAGACGAUACGCGUGUGGCAGAAGGGCGGGGUGCCCGUCCUGCCGCCCGUGACGGCCCUGAAAAGGGCCCUGAUCAGCAGCAGCCGCAACUCGCCGGACGAAGGAUACCAGGAAGGAUGCGGCACGGAUGUGUAAGCGCCGCGCACCCGCACCCCGCACCCGCUCCUAGGGAAGGGAAGGAAACCAAACCCAGAACUGACUAAACUUAACUCAACAAAGCAAAUAAGGCGUAUCGACGGAGGGGAGGUAGCUCCUUUAGCUCCUUUAGGUAUAACACUCGUAGAUAGCUCCGGGGUCCUAGGCGAGCAGCGAUUAUUGUGCAAGCGAACUGUUUGUGAUAGUGUCUGACAAAAAGAUAAUGCGAAUGAAGAUAAUAAUUGCCCAGAGCAAGAGAAAGCUAAACGAAAUCAACUGCACUACUCUAAAGUACACUCUCCUUGGCAAGUAACUCAACUAACUAAACUAAACUACAUGUGAACCACAUGUAAACUAAUUACAAAUAGGAUAUGUACAGCAGUUUCUUAAUAACAUGGCAAGCUCUCAACUCCCCGCAUAAAGUAAAGAAAAUAACCCAAAUAUAUGGAAAGCAACCAUGUGAAUGUAACUAAAUCUAUAAAUAUAUUUAUAUGUAUGUGACUAUGUGUGUGCAUGUGUGUGUGUAAUUUCUUCGAUGUUCGGUUAGAAAAAAAAGUAAAAAGGAUCCCGAAACCAAUAAACCCUUCCUCCAGAGUUAUAAUCGUAAAUCAGACACGGAAAACCGAACUUGUGGCUCAACAUUUGUAAGAUAUACAUUCACAUAUUAUAGCAGGUGUUCGUAUGGUAAAACUGCGGAAGAAGUAAUAUAAAUCAUGGUAAAUGUAUAUAUUAGAUAACCCACAGACAAAGCAACCAAAUUCUCGAUCCGACUAUUGUUGCAAUCAUUCUAUGUCCGUUAGAAGCUGUGAAGUAAUGUAAAGCUAAAUCAGGCUCCAAGUCUAACCAAAGAGGUAGCAGUAAAUCCAUAGUCUCUUGAAAUAUUUUCUUUCGUUUUACAUUCGCUUAAAAACUAUAGAAAAUAUCACAAGUAAAAACAUUUUUCUAUAAUAAUUUUUACAAAACGGAGCACCUUUUUAAUUGUAACAAACUUAUUCCUCUAGCUUUUCUAAGUUGCAUUCAGUUUGCAGCAUUAUAAAAACAUGCCCUAAGUACUUUUUUAGAGAAUAAAUGUUUACAAAAUUCCACUAUGCAAACUAUUUCGUAAUCAAUUUAAAUUCCAGAAUAAAUUGUAGUUUACUGCUACCCAUAAAAUAAAUAAAUUUUGAAAAACAAUACGAAAUGUUUGUGGAUUUCCCAAUAAAUAUGGAAGAGAGCAGGCUAGAAGGGAAAAGAAAUUCAACAAAAUAAAACUUGAGGGAAGUCGGAAAAAUUUAAAGUAAAGACAGAGGGAAAUAUUCGUCAAAUGCAUACGUAAAUAAACAUAUGUAAAUUGUACUCAAAGUGCACACACACUCACUCGCAAACACAUCACAGGCAACACACACACGUUCACGCAUACACAUAGCCAUACACGUGUACAUGUAGAUGUAUGUCAGUUUGUCCUUGUAACGAUUUAAAGCGUAUCCACAAGAUAUUAAUUGCCCGUAUGUGCUAAGACUUAGAAUUUAAGCGGACAACAAAAACAGAAGCAGAAGCAAAAACAACAACAACAACAACAACAAAAACAAAAACCAGAAGAAAAAGCAAACAAAAUAAUAUUUUUAAGGUAAACCAAAGACUUUUUUCUUUGCAUCUAAAUGAGCGCAGAGUCUUCAAAGGACUCGCAACAACAAACAGUAGGCACACACAAACGAACACAGAUACAAAACACAGCCACACACAUACAACCGAAAGUAAUCUUGGACGAGAAAAAAGAGCAAGAAAAACCAUAGCAUUUAAGUUGAACUUAUGUAUUAUGUAUUGUAUAAUAUAAACCUACGUAUAGUAUAUAGUC